AUGGUGAGCGAGAGUCAUCACGAGGCGCUGGCAGCCCCACCAGUCACCACUGCGGCGACGGUCCUGCCACACAACGCCACAGAGCCAGCCAGUCCCGGGGAAGGGAAGGAGGAUGCCUUCUCCAAGCUGAAGGAGAAGUUUAUGAAUGAGCUGCAUAAAAUUCCAUUGCCACCGUGGGCCUUAAUUGCCAUAGCCAUAGUUGCGGUCCUUUUAGUCCUGACCUGCUGCUUUUGUAUCUGUAAGAAAUGCUUGUUCAAAAAGAAAAACAAGAAGAAGGGGAAGGAAAAGGGAGGGAAGAAUGCCAUUAACAUGAAAGAUGUGAAAGAUCUGGGGAAGACCAUGAAAGAUCAGGCCCUGAAGGAUGAUGAUGCUGAAACCGGAUUGACUGAUGGUGAAGAGAAAGAAGAACCCAAAGAAGAGGAGAAACUGGGAAAACUUCAAUACUCACUGGAUUAUGAUUUCCAGAAUAACCAGCUCCUGGUAGGAAUCAUCCAGGCUGCCGAGCUGCCUGCCUUGGACAUGGGGGGCACCUCUGAUCCCUAUGUGAAGGUUUUUCUGCUGCCCGAUAAAAAGAAGAAAUUUGAGACAAAAGUCCACCGAAAGACCCUUAAUCCUGUCUUCAACGAGCAGUUUACUUUCAAGGUGCCAUAUUCGGAAUUGGGUGGCAAAACUCUGGUGAUGGCUGUCUAUGACUUUGAUCGCUUCUCUAAGCAUGACAUCAUCGGGGAAUUUAAAGUCCCCAUGAACACGGUGGAUUUUGGUCACGUAACUGAGGAGUGGCGUGAUCUGCAAAGUGCAGAGAAGGAAGAGCAAGAGAAAUUGGGUGAUAUCUGCUUCUCCCUUCGCUAUGUACCUACUGCUGGCAAGCUGACUGUUGUCAUUCUGGAAGCAAAGAACCUGAAGAAGAUGGAUGUGGGUGGCUUGUCUGAUCCUUAUGUGAAGAUUCAUCUGAUGCAGAAUGGCAAGAGGCUGAAGAAGAAAAAGACAACAAUUAAAAAGAAUACACUUAACCCCUACUACAAUGAGUCAUUCAGCUUUGAAGUACCCUUUGAGCAAAUCCAGAAAGUGCAAGUGGUGGUAACUGUUUUGGACUAUGACAAGAUUGGCAAAAACGAUGCCAUCGGCAAAGUGUUCGUGGGCUACAACAGCACUGGGGCGGAGCUGCGACACUGGUCAGACAUGCUGGCCAACCCCCGGCGCCCCAUCGCCCAGUGGCACACCCUGCAGGUGGAGGAGGAGGUGGACGCCAUGCUGGCAGUCAAGAAGUAA